AUCCAAGACCAAUAGGGUACCUGCUUAGCUCAGUUUCUGACAUGCAGGGAGGACUGGUGGCUUGAAUCAGUAAAAAUGAAGAGCGCACCUCAGAUGACACUCGCUCCCUCCUUCAUCCCAACUGCCUAUGCUGCAAGCCGAUCGAUGUUUCGGCGGCUGCAGGAGCCAUGGAGCCAUGACGAUUGAGGACCGUUUUUCCGCGUGCGCGUUAUUUCUUUUUCCCUUUUUCCCUUUUUCUCUUUUUUCCUCCCCUCUAGCCAGUUCGCAGGUCGAUGAGUGGGCCUCAAUGACCCCAUCUGGACCCUCCCCGCAACUCCUCCCGAAACACGCUCAUGCUCAUGCUCAUGAUCUGAUCUCGGGAUUCCAGAGUGACUCCUCUUGUUCAUACAACCGCCUCAACUAUAAAUCCCUCAUGGUUCCCACUCUCUGCAGGGUGUUUUUAAUUCUAGCUAGACUUGAUCGAUCCUCUACUACACCUAAAUUCGAGUUGCCUUACCUCAACUUUCCACAAAGCUGCUAGACCGACACACACACAUCAUAAUACAAUACAUACCUCGAACUCGUUGUCCACCUCAUCGCGUCGCGUCGCAUCGCAUCGUAUCACACCAGCCUCCAUCUCCAACACCUUGCCCCUCAAGACCAUCACAAUGAUUGCCAUCCAAUUUGCCCGCCCUACCAU